UACUAAACGAUAUGACAAAUCUGCAAUUACUUCAUCUUGAAGGCAACCAAAUAUCUGCUAUAUCUGUUGAUUCUUUUGUUGGUCUGACUAACAUUCUAACUUUGCAAUUGAACUCGAAUCUGCUUAGGACUGUUCCUUCUGCCCUUGAUUCAGUGUCAUCAUCACUUCAAUAUCUUUUUCUUUCAAACAAUCUCAUAUCCAGCAUACGUUCGAUAUCGUUCAGAUCAUUUUCCUCACUGAAAUACUUUGACAAUUUUGGAACUGCACCAUUGACACGAUUAUUUGUCUCAAAGAACAAACUUCAACACUUGCCUCCUUCUCUUUUCCAGAACUUGACACUGCUGGAGCGUUUGUAUGGUUCAACGUUAAAAUUUUCUAACUCAAUUGACCUACUAUAGUGUUGUUGCUAGCUAUGCUCUGUGGCUAUAUUACUGUCACUUUGCCUGCAUUGCAUGCCUGCACGUUGCCAUGACUUAAAUCGAUUAAUGCAGUUUACAGAAUCUAUAUCUAAGCUGAAGGAUAUAGCACUAAAAAGACAGUAUUGUAGUUGAUUGGGAAAUGUGUUUUGUUUUUCAGUCAUGCAGCUGAAAACCAGCUUGCUCAGCUAGACAAUGGGACGUUUGUUGGUCUUGGAAAUUUACAGAAUCUAUAAGUGUAGAAACUCUCAAAUAGUAU